ACACAUCGCAUUGCAUAACCGGGCCUAGACGGAGUGGUCUGUUUACCCGGCUAAAAGCGCUGAUCUUUGGAAUACGUCCGCCCUCCGGCUGGGGAGGAGAGAAGUCGACGGCGCCCUCGAAACAGAAGAGGGAAGGCGAGGCAGCGCGAGGAAAGAGUUGCGCCUGGGAGGAAGAGCAGCACGGGUUGCGGAGGACGCCUGCGGACUCUUGGUUUGGCUGAGGUUGAUCCCCCCCCUUCCCGGUGACUAUGGCUUCUAUCCCGGACGAUCAGAAAGUUCAGGCCUCUUCCCUUGACCAAAAGGACCAGCAUCUGCACAGUUUUCCAGCUUCAAAUGUUAAUAUUCAAGAAAUUGAAAGGAUCCGUCGAGAGUGUAAAGAGGAGAGUUUUUGGCACAGAGGUCUUCCUCUGUCACUUGGAAGUAUGCUUGUUGUUCAAGGACUAGUGGCCAAUGGUACUUUCAAAGCAAGCCCUAGAUUUGGACCACUGCCUAAAAUGGCACUUGCUGGUAUUGCAGGUUUUGCUGUUGGGACCAUGUCGUACAUAAGAACAUGUCAGAAGAAGUUUGAAAGUAUUGGUGUUCAGCCUUUUGGCCCCAAAUGGCAUUGUCCUCAUACUUGCAAAGAAUGCAAGGCUAAGUUGGAAAGAAGCGAACUGGAAAAAUCCAAGACUCCCAUUUCUUAAAGGAAAAGUGCCACUUUUGCCCAUGCUCAAGCUAUAAUGUCAAGAUGCCAUCAGGACAAGACCACCUCUCCCAUGCCUGCCACAGAAUUGUUAAAAGACUUAAAGUCGCUGCCGUGGAUCUGAUAGCAACCCGACAUCUCAACA